UAUGCGCGAAUCGGUUGUACGUACCGCAUGUAAACAAAACUUUUUUCGUCGUCGUCGUCGCGUACAGAAACUACUACAGAGUAAGCGAGGAAUAUAUCGGAAUCAUCAUUUUGUGCAGCUCGAGAAAAGUAGGAAAAAACAAGUUUCAUAUACAGUGAAACAAUCCGUCAUUGGUCUUUCCGAUUGUAUUGUUAUGAAGGCACGUUCAAAAGUUUUCGAUUUUUGCGCGCGCGCGCCUGUACGACGGCUGCCAGGCUUGCAAUCGGCCCUCGGGUAGAAUCAGCUGUGGCGUCGCAGGCCGGCGCCGGUGUUUCUUAUAACAUAGCGGCAGCAGCAGCGGCACCAGCAGCAGAAGUCAAGUCAACUAUGUUGUUUACCUUGCGUUCGAGUUUCAUCGACUUUUUCGUUGUUGUUGUUGUUGUUGUUGCUGUCGUCGACGUCGUCGUCGUCGUAGAUUUUUGUUGAGUCGGUGUUCUCUUUCAACUGUGCUCCUUCAAUCGCGAGAUGCCGAGGCCGCCGAGAUUCAUCGUGCCGCACGAGUACGACGCCUCGUUGCUGCCGUUCCUGGACGAGAACGUCGUCGUGGUGUCGAUCUUCGGCAAGAGCACCUACAAAGCCAAGUCGGACAAGUCCAAGAUGGUGAACUCCAUCCUGGUGCCGGCCAUCAACGAGCAUCCCACCAUUGACAACGAGGCAAUGUUUGAAAUCGAAGGUUACUUCGACCAAAGAGUCAAUGCGGUAUUCUUACACUUGAAAGGAUGCUUCGACGCUUAUACUUUAUCAAAACAGUACAAUCAGUUCGUUGAGAACAUGGAGAAGAAGGAUUUCCUCCACGCUUGGGCCAACAUGAAGGAUAAAUAUUCCAGAGCACUUCUGACACUGUUUCAUAUAUCGCACAUUCUCAUACUCACGCAUCCUACUCAUACGUUUGACUACAGUUACAUUCCCUUGUUCAAAGCACUGGAAAUAGUUAGAGAAAAAGCAGGUUCUCAUCUGAGAGAACAUUUGGAAUCCAAAGCUGAAUACGUAUCAGAAGCCUGGGUUAAAAAUACUCGGCCCUGUUCUCCAAGAAUGUUAUUUUAUUUUGAAAGGUGCCCACCAGUCUUCCAAGAUCCCAAUAGUGAAGCAAAUAUUACAAAGCUAGAGCAUUCUUUGGAAGAUUCGAUAUAUGAAGUGUUAAGGAAAAACAAAAUAGUAAAUAAUAAUAGUUCUAAUUCUUUGUUUGCCAUACCCGUAAACCAAGAAUUUGUCUUUGUAAAUACUGAAGAAGAGGAGAUGCGAGAUGUUAUAGAAUACAUGCACAGAGGGUUUGCAAAAGCCUGCGCUAUUUCUGAGAAAAAAAAAACUGAAAGUAAAUUAAACAACAAGGAAAGAUAUAAAUACCUCAAUUACAAACCUACAAAUCCAAUGCAAGCGAACAGGGCACACAGGAUGAGACACACUCGAGUCUUAGAACCACACGAAUUCGACUCGUUCGUUCAGAGGCACAUCAAUAUGGCUUUCUCCACUGGCUUCGACGACAACGUUGGAAGAAAUCCAGCUCCGGCUUAUUUCGAGACUCCGACUCUGGCUGGAUUUUUCGAGGUGGCCGGCCACGUGCACGACUUCUUCGUGCACGGGCGCAGCAAGGAGGUGAAGAAUCUCGAGGAUCUGCUCAACACCGACGUGAAAUUCAGCCGCAGUCGCUGUAGCAAGAUAAUGCCGCGAGCCUGCGCCGCCUAUCAGGAGGGCCUGCCCCAGCACUACACGCGCUCGUUCCACGAGCAGAAGCUCGCCCAGGCGAUGGCCGUGUUCGAGAUGCAGGCGCGCGGCCCGCUCUACGACGAGUUCGCCAAGCGGCUGCAGGAGGAGUGCGACAAGCACUGGCGCACCGGCCGCCAGAUGUGCCAGGUGCUCUCGCUCACCGGCAAUCCCUGCACGAAUCCGCUGCACAAGGGCGGCAGCGAGGGCGCCGGCGGCGGCGAGCCCCUCGAGGGCAGAGACGACUACGACGACCUGAAGACGCUGGAGCACUGCAGCGGCGUGCGCUACGUGUGCGCGUGCAACUGCGGCGCGACCCAGGGCUCGCGCGAGGAUCCCUUCAACGUCAAGCAGGCGAAUCACGACUACUUCCAGAUGCUCGGGCUGCAGUGCGGCUGCCACCAGCUGGAGUCGCACAAGUUCCCGAUCUUUCAGCCGAGCACGCCCACGUACAGGGCCGCGCAGCUCUUCGACACGUCGUCCAAGCGCAAGGACUCGCUGCGCAGCGAGGGCGCCGCGCCGACGCCGCAGCAGGGCCCGACCCAGGUGUUCAGUCUCGGCGUGCCGGACGAGGUCACGGCCUACGGCAGCGGCGGUCAGUCGCCGCCCGCCCAGAGCGAUCAUCAUCAGCAUCAUCAUCACCACCAUCAUCAUCAUCAUCGCGAUCAUCAUCAGGACGAGGAUCGGCACAGUCGCAGCUACAUCAGCGACAAGCUGCCGCUGAGCUUGACCAUCAACGGGGACAGCGAGAGCAAAGUCGUGAUCGCGGUCACGGAGGCCGACCCCGAGACCAAGGACAAGUCGCUGAAUCGCCAGCCCUCGACGACCGAGUAUCUGCCCGGCAUGCUGCACACCGAGUCGCCGGCUGGCCUGCUGCCGCAAUUCUCCAGCUGGUCGCUCGUCUGUCUCGGCUCGAGCAGCAUCUACUCGCACAACAUCGGGCUGCAGCACCAGCAGGGCAUGCUGCCCAACUCGGCCUUUCUGCUGCCCUGGGACGUCACCGUGCGGCUGGAGCAUCAGCAGCAGACCCAGAAGGAGACGACUCGCAACUUGUGGCAGGCCUCGCCGGCCGCCACCAACGAGAACAGCACCACCACCGGCAGCAGCAACGCGAACGUAAGCAACAACAACGGCGGCGGCGGCAACAACUUCCAGCAGCUCAACUUCUAUCCGAAGGGGGCGAAAAAUACGCGCAGCAUCAAUCCGGCGACGGGCAAGAGGAAGCGCGGCCGGGACUUGGUAGUGAAGAUCUUCAUCGGCAUCGAGUACGAGUGUCCCCGGGGUCAUCGCUUCAUGAUGGCGACGCCGGACAAAGUGCUGAAGGCCACCGGCAUCGGCACCAUAAAGGACAACGGCAAUAAAGUCACCUCGGGCGACAUGCCCUUGUACUUCCCGUGCCCCUGCAGACAACAAAAGCCACUGAUCGCUCAGCUGAUGAGGAUACACGUGGUGACGCCCAAGGCGCCGGUGCACGUCACCCUGAAUCCCAAGGUGCAGACGGGCCCCCAGCCCAGCCCGAUCUUCGUCACCGGCUGCGAGGAGCCCAUGAAGCUGUCACAAAGUGCCUACUGGAUCCUACGAUUGCCAUACGUUUAUAUGGGCGACAAGGGUCCGUGCCUGCCGCCCAAGGAGCUCGGUAACGUCGCGUCGCACGGUAGACUGCUCGCCGGCAUGUACGGCAUCAGCGAGGCCGUGAACGACAAGAAAUGAGAAGAAGAGACGAGCGCUCAGUUUUUUCCUUGAGAAAGCAAAAAAGACUCGAUAAUAAUUUUUAUACGCUUGAUAAACUACGAGAGAAUUACGAUGUUACAUACAUAUAUUUUUUCCCCCUUGUAAAUAAUAAAUCGAUUUUCCAACAGCA